AUGUCGUCACGAUUUUCCACAGAAGCACUGAGUGGCGCGGGCGAGGCGAGCACCGAAGAGGCAGCUUCGUCGUGGAGCUCGGCCGUGUCGGAGGACCACACGUCGCCGGACAGCUGCGCCACGAGCAACAGCCGGCCCGGUUCCACGGUCGACCACCGACGCGAUCGCCACAGCCGUCCGCCGUCGUACGCCACUGCAGGCGCCGCUGCCGCUGCUGCCGUCGCCGCUGUUACAGCCGCAGCGAACGCCACUGACGCCAACCCGUACGCAUGCCAGUACUGCGACAAGACGUUUCCCCGGGGAAGCUACCUGAAAAAACACGAACAGGUGGGUUUUCGUUUUCGCUAUUAUUUAGCUAUACCUACGUCUUAUCCUACACCUAUACCUCUAACAAUAACAGUAAAAUACUACAUAAAGGAUGCGAGUCAGAAUUUCAGAUUGAGACAAAAUACAGUUUUGAAAAACUAUCGAUUUAUUAGUUCUGUAUAA